AAUGAGUCCUCGAUUGGUCAGUUCUGUUCUUGAGUUCACUGUCGCUUCAGAAUGGAUGGCUCCUCUGCUCUCCGCUGCCAGAGUGGCAUCGUGCUCGCUCUGCUGGGUUGCCAAUUCGCCAUGCCUUAGCGGCUUAGCCUAUAGCCUUGCACUGCGGUUUGAUUCGGUUCAUCUUUUUCUUCAAUCUUGUCACUCACAAGGCUUUCCCCCUCUGGUUUUCUUGAUUUUCCGCUUGGAAAUUUGCCAUGCCUUAGCCUUGCACUGCGGUUUGAUUUGGUUUUCUUGGCCAUGCUUGCUUGGAUAAGCUUUGGCUUCAGGCUUCAGCCUAGCUCGCAUUGCACGAUGUGUUUGUUGUUCCUAGAAUCCGAGCGCAAGUUCUGUGAGCUGACCACUAUUUCGUGGGUUGCCUGGGGUGGCGCGUUGAUGUUUUUGGCAGUUGGGGUGGAUGGGAAUCUGCAAUCCCUUUUCUAUUCUAUCUAGGAUUAGAUGACUUGAAUCUAAGUUUGUGUAGAUUGUGUUGAUUUCUUAAUUCAAUUAUAGAUGUGCGAUAAGAGUCAUCUUGAGGGUAUGAAUAUGCAUGUGAGAACUUCAGGGGAGUGUCGACUGUCGAGCCAGGUUUCUGAGUGCGUAAUAAACUUCUGAACAGCUGAAGCAUCUUUCCUACGAGGACCUACUCGGAACUGACAACUCACAGGCACAAAAUUAGUGAUAUACAGUGCUGAUCCACUCUCGGUUCAUGUUCAUUUAGGUGUCAGUUCAUCUGAUUUCUCAGAAGCAAAAUGUUGUUUGGAGCUCAGUGACACCAUUUUGUAAUGCAUGUGCCUUUUACGGGAAAUGGAGGAUCAUUAUGUCCAUCCCAAGUCUAAGUCUAACCAUGGCUCCUUGUCAGGAAAUGGUUAUGAGAUGAAAAAUCCAGGCCAUGAAGUUUGUGAUAGGGAUUCAUCAUCAGAGUCUGAUCGAUCUCACCCAGAAGCAUCAGCAGUGAGUGAAAGCAGUCUAGAUGAACACACAUCAACUCAAUCAGACAAUGAUGAAGAUCAUGGGAAGGAUAAUCAGGACACAUUGAAGCCAGUAUUGUCCUUGGGGAAGGAAGGGUCUGCCUUUUUGGCCCCAAAAAUAGAUUACAACCCAUCUUUUGCUUAUAUUCCUUAUACUGCUGAUGCUUACUAUGGUGGCGUUGGGGUCUUGACAGGAUAUGCUCCACAUACCAUUGUCCAUCCCCAGCAAAAUGAUACAACAAAUAGUCCGGUUAUGUUGCCUGCGGAACCUGCAGAAGAAGAACCAAUAUAUGUCAAUGCAAAACAAUACCAUGCAAUCCUUAGGAGGAGGCAGACACGUGCUAAACUGGAGGCGCAGAACAAGAUGGUGAAAGGCCGGAAGCCAUACCUUCAUGAGUCUCGACACCGUCAUGCCAUGAAGCGGGCCCGUGGCUCAGGAGGGCGGUUCCUCAACACAAAGCAGCAGCCCCAGGAGCAGAACCAGCAGUACCAGGCGUCGAGUGGUUCAAUGUGCUCAAAGACCAUUGGCAACAGCGUAAUCUCCCAAAGUGGCCCCAUUUGCACGCCCUCUUCUGACGCUGCAGGUGCUUCAGCAGCCAGCCAGGACCGCGGCUGCUUGCCCUCGGUGGGCUUCCGCCCCACAGCCAACUUCAGUGAGCAAGGUGGAGGCGGCUCGAAGCUGGUCGUGAACGGCAUGCAGCAGCGUGUUUCCACCAUAAGGUGAAGAGAAGUGGGCACGACACCAUUCCCAGGCGCGCACUGCCUGUGGCAACUCAUCCUUGGCUUUUGAAACUAUGGAUAUGCAAUGGACAUGUAGCUUCGAGUUCCUCAGAAUAACCAAACGUGAAGAAUAUGCAAAGUCCUUUUGAGAUUUGCUGUAGCUGAAAGAACUGUGGUUAGGUUAUGAGUUUCUUCCUGGAGACUGAUCCAUACAUGACAUGCUACCUCGUGCUGAGUUUCUGAGGUGAAGCCAUCGAAACAUGACCGUGUGGUUCAGUACCCUUGCUGCCUUCAGUGUCUGAUAAGCUAGCUCUCCAGUUUGCAGUUUCUCUGAAUUCCAGCAUGUCUAGUCUCUGCUUAUCUUUUGCAUGUAACGUGAUGGUGACUUAGCAUACACAUCUAUUCAUC